ACCCAGGGGCUGUGGGCAGGGGUGGUCCUUGUGACAUUGAUGUCCUGACCCUGACCUGGUGAAGAUGUGCCGAGUGGACCACCUUGAUCCUGGCAGUCACCAAAGAGUCCUCAUGAAAAUGGGCCUCAUUCUCCUCAUCAUUGGGCACCUCAACUUCAUCGCUGGUGCCCUUGUCCAUGGCACUGUCCUCCGCUUUGUGGUCAACCCCCAGGAGCCCAUCUCACUGCAGUAUGCUGUCACCAACGCCGCUUCCGUCAUCUCCUCGCUGCUGACCAUCUCCUGUGGCAUUGCUGCUCUCCUGCUGUCUCGCUGUCUCACACUCACCACCCUGAAAUGGGGGGUUCUCGCUCUGAGCACCAGCGGCUGCCUGUCUGGGCUGUCCUGCCUGUUGGGGCUGGCUUUCUCCAUCGGGAUGACACUGGGCAACCAAGGCCAGGCACUGCUGGCCCCCUGCACCAUUGCCAACAUCGCCCUUGCCCCAGUCUCCCGCGAGUGCCCCUAUGAUCCCACCCGUGUCUACAGCUCCACUUUGUCCCUCUGGGCCAUCUCCUUCCUGCUCAACUUCAUGGAAAUCAUCUUCAGCAUCCGCUGUCUCCUGCUCACCCUCAGCCUCCUCCACCUUGGCCACUGCUGCUGUGAGACACACCGGAGGAAGGUCUCCUUGCAGGUGGUCUCUGCAGAGAGCCCAUCCCCUGGGCAGUGCUUUGGCUUGCUGAGGCUGAACAGUGCCGAUACCUCCUGGCUCUGA